AGCAAUGCGACGAUAGUAUUUGUUAUGACGAGCAAAAUAAUGAGCAGUAUCAUGAAAGUUGUCUCAUAAUUUCCUAAUUUCUUCUGAAUAUUCAGCUUUGUGCAUCGGCGUCACGUCGGCCAUAGUUUCGUUGACCAUCAGAAAUGGAUGCCUCCCGGCAGAGUGCUGCAAAGAACCUCAUAGACACGAUAAGUAGAGAGCAUACAUUAGGCGGGAGCCUAUUCGGAACAAGACUCGAGUUGCUCUUCAGCAACAACUUGAAAAUCCUCUCGGACCAGCUUUACGAAAGAUCGACCCACUUUCUCCUAGAGCUUAUUCAAAAUGCCGAUGACAACACCUACACCUGUGAACAUCCCACCUUGAGCUUUACAUACCGUCCAGGGAUUCUCCGCAUCGACUGUAACGAAGUAGGAUUUACUUCAGACAAUGUUAAAGCUAUCUGUGCGAUCAGCCAAAGCACCAAAAUUGAGCAGACGAGCUAUGACGAAUACAUUGGUGAGAAAGGCAUUGGCUUUAAAUCUGUCUUUAAGGCUGCGGACAUCGUAUGGAUUGCAUCGGGCCCCUAUACGUUUAAGUUCGACAAGAACCAACCACUAGGCAUGAUUACGCCAGUGUGGGCGGAAUUUCCGGAGCCGGCUCAAACAGGGCAGACGUCUUUCUAUCUCCAGUUCUCCAAAGACUACGAGGAGAAGGAUCUCAUCAAUGAAUUACUAACAUUCGACAACAAAUCUAUCAUAUUCCUCAGACGAAUUGAGAUCAUCAAUAUCCAGAUUACCUGCCGAGAUGGGCAGAUAUGGAAGAAAUCGGUUCAAAAGACCGAACGCUGGCAAUACGGCGACCGGGUAAUUAGUUUGGCUGUGGAUAAUUGUAACUUCAAAUACCAGAUACAAACUUAUAUCGUCAAAGACCUUCCUAGAGAGCACAGGCGUCCAAAUCGGCCACAAUCCAAAAUUUCGCUUGCUUUUCCAAUCGUAAACUUCUUACAGCAACCCAAUAUUCUUUAUCAGAGUGUGUAUGCUUUCUUACCAAUCAGGAAUUACGGUCUAAAGUUUCUCUUACAAGGCGAUUUUAUUCUCACGGCCAGCCGCGAGGAUAUUGAGAAUACUCCAUGGAAUCAUACACUUCGUGAUGCUGUGGCCGAGGCGUUUCUGUGUUCCAUUAACCACUUCAACCAAGGGGAGUUGAAGUACGUCUGGCCUGGUUAUCUCCCAUCACUUUCAAAAGCUGCUUCCAAUUUCUUUACGCCAGCAGUCGCAUCCAUCUUGACAAAGCUUCAAGAGAGCUGUGUCGUAGAGUCAUGUGCAGGAAUUUUAGUUGAGCCUUCAUCAGUGAAGUACGUAUCGUCGGAUGCAUUCACUGAUGAUGAAGGUAUACCAUUCACCCUAAGCCCACGAACCGCACCAAGGUACUUGUCGUCAAAAUACCCGAAAUGGGCCUUCGAAGCCAUGGCCGAUAUUGGCGUCUCUCAGCUAAAUUUCCAGGAGUUCUUGCAAGAUCUCAAAUUGAUAAUCGAUGAUAGUCCGGAAAACUUUCACAAGAGACCGGCGAGGUGGCACUCACAACUUGCAAAAACUCUUCUCGAACUUGGAACAAAUGCAGAACUGCUGCACAAAAUACAGGAUUUAUAUCUUAUUCCAUUACAUGAUGGUUCCUGGACUUCCAAUCAGGGACGUGAUAUUUUCUUUUCAAAAAAUGAAACACUUUUGGAGAUACCCAGCGGCAUUAAAGUGUCAACUGUGGACUCGAGCGUCGAAUCUGAUCCAAAUCGACGAAAACUCUUCAUGAGUCUCGGCGUCCGAGCCUGGGAGACACCGGAAAUCUGCCGCUUCAUUCUGAGAACACACGCGGCAUUGGACUUCGACCCUAAGGCCUUCACGCCAAGUCAGCUUAUCUCCCAUACCAUGUUCCUCUAUAAAGCGUCGUGGCAGCCACCGAAAAAGGCAGAUCUCUGGUUUGCCACCAAGCACGACGAUCGCUCUCUUGGAAGAAAACUGUACAUACCCGCUGCUCAUGCAGCCAACUCAGCCGCGGGGAGAUUAUUUGACCAACUUCAGAGGAAAUUUGCUGUCAUACACGCUGCUUAUCUCGAAAUUUCAUCUCCCUCUGAUUCAGACUGGGAGCCUUGGUUGGUUCGUAACUUUGGGUUGUCUACGGUUCCCCGCUUGAUCGACCCCCGUAUUGAGAGUCUGUUCGCCGAACAGGGAACCAGCGAGUGUACAGGAAGUGGUGUAAAUCCAUUACUGCGUGCCCCGGAUAUUGAAUGGAGCGAAUCCACUAUCUCGCUAAUCCAUUCGAGGGAUGUAAAUUGGGAGGAAGCACACAAUAAAUCAUCAAAACAGAAGCACGAGGCAUCUGUGCUAUCGGACGAAUUCGCCUUCAUGUUUCGGGAAUGCCAUAGCUCUGAUGUCCUUCAACUUCUGAAAGACAACUGGCAGCACUAUUCCAAGUGGAUCGUUGGUUUGCACAAAGACUGGCAAAAUAACGAUUUCCGUGCAUUAAGCGCUGAACUGAAGUACACACUGAGUGUACGUCGGGUGCACACUGCUAAAGGUCUCUUGCCGCUAAAAGAUACUGUCCUUCCUAUGAUCGACCCCGAACUUGAUGAAGAAUGCAACAUUCCAGCUCUGGCUAUCGAAAAACCUCAGGAUGCCGAAUGGGUAUUCUUGAGCUAUUUCGGUGUUCUAGUCAAAGCUGACAUCCAUUACUAUUUGCGAUGUCUAAUUGCCUUAUCAGAGGGUCACACACCGGAAGUUGACAAAGUAGCCUAUAUCUAUGAGCAGAUUCAAGCCAACUACAAAGGGAAUGAAGACAUCAUUAAUGCAGCAUUUAGCGAGAAAGCGAUUGUCUACGCAAUUCCCACAGCACGGAGUGCUAAUAAGCGUUCUCAGUGGAUGUCUAUGAGAGACUGUGUCUUGCGUGGAAUUCCUGUUGAGAAUUGUUAUCAGAGCAGUUCAUACCUUUUUCGGUGCCUCAUGUGCCCUUGGGGGGAUCCCAUCGCACCAUUGCUUGCAGCAGCAACAUCCAUUACAACUGCAACUAGAUUGGAAGACAUUACCCGUCUCUUCCGCGACAUCAGUAUUGCACUGAAAGACAUCAGUACCACCAAGUCUGCACAAUUACUUCGCUCUCUCCGAGAUCAUUCCAUCUUUCCAAUUACGACGAGUGGCCAAAUGCAGGGCUACGGCAACCUCCUCGGUGUGCAAGAUGUAUCUUGGUACAUCGCUGAUCAGCAUUUAAUUAGAGAAAGCUUUAUAGGGAAGUUGCCUCUACUAGCUGUGCCCGUCGAAGAACUUGUUGCACUAGAGGACUUCUUCCACGUAUUACGGCUGGAUGGCCGUAUAUUGUCGAAAUGUGCUACAAGUGAAACCAACCCAUCAGGACGAAUCGAAAUGCACCUGGUGUAUACAGCUUCUCUUCAGGCAAAAACUCGUUUUCUCAAAGCUUUGGUUCCGCAGCUACACUCUGACAGAGCUGCCAUAAACCGCCAGCUCAAUGAUCUGCGAGUCCAUGUUGCCACACAAGUAUCACAAGUCUUUGUGUUGGAACAGGAAGACACUGAAAUUUAUGGCAACCCUGUUCGGGGUCAAGUAGCCAUGUUGCGCAACGACAAUCAUAUUGAUUUCUUUCUAACAGAGGAAUCUAUAAAUGCGGAAUAUCCGCCCUUUGACUUGGUACGAGCCAUUGCUGAUAUCUGUGCUUUCAAAGAUCUAAGUCAUUAUUCACUACUGUUUGCCGUUCUAAGCAAUUAUAGUAUGGAGGGCAUAGCGGAAGCUUUUGCCCAACAGGGGUUGCAGGUUGAGGGAAUCAUCGUUGCUAACCCAAAGAAAUCUCGUAAACAACGGAAAGAUUUAUUCGCCAUGCCAUCCCCAUUUUCCAAGGAGGUGGCACGUGACCCUGGAGAAGGUCAAGGGAUAGUCGAAGCGACGAAGUAUGAUGGUUUUGGCCACAGAGUUGGCGUUGAGCAUAAAGAUAAUGAUAGACGUGCUCCGUUGAGAAAUUUUGCAGAAGACAAAGGCCAAGGCUAUGCGGAGAACGCAGUUGCAGGCCAUUUUGAUACACUCGCGGGAUGGGACCUCGUUCAGUAUCUUGGAGAACUUCUAGUGUCAAAACUACUUCAGAAACUUCUCGGGUCCAGCUAUUGGCCUGAAAGAGAUUGGACAAGCUGUUUUCGGCAUAACUCUGGUCACAAGCCAUUCGAAGGAGUGGGAACAUGUGCCCCAUUUAAAAUAGAAGAGUCAAAGGCCCGAGAUCUGAUGACAGCAUUCCUCAUGAAGCACGGGCAAUCUGAGACAUCAAACUGGGCAAACUUGCUUCAAGUGAACUCGCCGGUAUAUCAUUUUGAAGUGGCGGUAAGUACGGGGGGUCAAGCGGCAUUGUAUAUCGCCGAUGCGUCGCAAGUCGAAAGAAUACGCCAGUUCAAGAUGCAGACUGUCGGUGGUCAAAACAACAAGCACGUCGCCGUUCUAGUCAGGAUAAGUGACGUUCACUCUGAUGACCUGUCUUCGAUCCGCUUUAUCGUCGAUCCAUGGCGGUUCCUUGAGUCCGGGAGAAUCGUGCUACAAGGAGGUUGGCUCUUAAAGGCUUCAAUACAAGAAAACAGAACCGGAAAGAGACGUAAGGUCUCUACACCUAUUACUUGGGCCGAAUCAAUCCCUUCCCUGCAAAAUUCAUCUAUAAUUUCUACACCUUCAGAGACUCGGCACAAAGAGGCUUUCAUUUACCGAUCCUUAUACCCCGGACAAAUUCGUCUACUGUAUCUUGUCCCAGGUUGUGAUCAUGAUGACCUACGAGGCGCGAUAUUUCACAACCCCUGUCAAUAUGAUCAGGCUUACCAAGCGCUGUCAUAUGCAUGGGGAUCGACAGAGCGUACUGAGUUGCUGACCACGCCGGAGGGAGUUCUUCCUAUUACAAAAUCCUUGCACACAGCUUUACAACGUUUGAGGCACCAGACUGACGCUGUCAUUCUCUGGGUGGAUGCAAUAUGCAUCAACCAAGACGACAACACCGAAAAAGCACAACAAAUCCGGUUAUUGCCAAAGAUCUUCCAGAUGGCAUUAUGUACGUAUGUAUUUCUGGAAGAUAGCAGAGACGCCAAUGCUGCCAUAGACAUGUUGAUGCAGAUUCUGAACGAAGACAACUAUGGUACUAGAUGUUUGCAGGCAACACAUGAACCGGAAUCGAGAGAGCCAGACCGUGAAAGCGGAUCUGACGGGACCUCAGUUGAGAUGUGGGACGCUGAAGAGAAAGAUAGCGAUGGUACGACAAGCACGACUCCCUCACAUCAAUCGCCUGAGAAUUUGCCUUCUGUUGUAGCGACUUGGGACAAAAGAUCCGCAUCUCUUCUGGAAUAUCCCAUUUGGACCUCCAUUCAGGGCUUCUUUGAGCUUCCGUGGUUUCGCAGGGUUUGGGUUAUUCAAGAGAUUGCCGUGUCGCGCGCUGUGAAGAUCGUAUGUGGUAAGUGGACGAUUGACUGGGAAGAUUUAUAUCAUGCUACGGAUAUCAUUGAUCGCAAACUGCAAACUUCCCACAGCCCCUGCUUGAAUCUGCUACGGAAGAGCUGGGAACCCUUCCAGUCCAUAGCGGCACUGAGGGAGUGGGAAACAAGACGGUAUCGCUGGACACUUCUUAUGCUUCUCGAGAAGUUUCGAAAUGCAGAGUCAACUUACAAACGGGAUCGUCUAUUCGCAUUAAUAGGAUUAGCAUCUGAUGGCAACGAGGAUUCAUUUAAGCCAAACUAUGAUUGUCCAUUAGAGACUAUCGUUUUGAGCUAUGCUCACGGCUUCAUUCUUCAGGGCAGAGCCAUGCAACUACUCUACAGUGCUGGCCUCAACGGGCAGUGCUCGCGUUUUCCAAGCUGGAUUCCCGACUGGACUGUCAACAUACCAACUGGUCUUCAUGAACUAAGUGACGGUGGCAGGUCAUUUUCAGCUGGCGGAUCGUAUGACGUCAAAGUCAAAUGGUAUCCUCAUACCGAUGAGCUGACGUUAGAAGGAUUUGCUGUGGAUUCCAUCCAAUCAAUAAGCAAAUCGUCGAACCUAGAACAAGAAUGGAAGACUUAUUUCAAUGAGGUUGACACAAUGGUAGACUCUUUGGCAUUGAGCCCAACCGGAGAUUUGCAAGACAACCUGAAGUGGAAGGUACCAAUUGCUGGAGUAUUACAUGCCAAAGUAGUCGUAUCUGGAGGUCUCGAUCUGCGCUCGUCAUACAAAGCUUUCAGACAGUAUUUUAGCAGACAGUCAUGGGCCGUGGAGGACAACUACCACAACGGUUUAGAUCCACUACGAACGGAAAGCAUGAAUUACAUGAACGCACUUCAGGGUGCCAUUGUGGGGUGGAGGUAUGUGAUUACCCAACGGGGCUACGUUGGCAUCGUACCGGGACUUACUGAAGUUGGCGACACUGUUUUAAUUUUCAAGGGAGGUCGGGUCCCUUUCCUAGUGCGAAAGAGCAUGGAACGACCCCAAGCUUAUCGCCUAGUUGGACAAUGUUAUAUCCAUGGUAUCAUGAAUGGCGAAGUAUUGUCCGAACUAGAGACUCUUGGGAACGAAUUCCGACUUCAUUGAGCAUUAAAGUCAAUAUGAAGUGAUAAAAGUAUACAGUUAGACCCCAGAUGGCUGUAAAGCAGACCGGGUAACCUGUUGGAUCGGAUAGCCUGUUGAGUUGGACAUCGUGUUGAAUUAGAUAAUGCUUGUUAUCAGACAGCCAGAUUAUUUGAAUGGC